AUGGACGUUGGCAAGAUCAGGCAGGCUAGAGCGGCUUUGGCCUUCCGCACCGCGUGUUCUGUGCUGAUAUGCAGCAUUCUUGGUACGAUGCUUGCCGACACUUUCAAGGGGUCCUUUCUUCACUCUCAGGCUGCCCUGGCGCCCAUCAUGGCCUUUCUGGUGCCCGCGACUCUGCGAGGGGACACCUGCAGGGUGAGCCUCACCUUUGUAGUGUCCUCCUUCGUUUUUGUGCCCUUGGGCAUAGCCAUAGGUUUUCUGUGCUAUCUCAUCGGGGGCUCACAGUGGCGACCAUGGAUUGUGAGCCUAGGUGUUGGCUUUGGCAGCUUUCUGGCAGUGCUGUGGGGCACCGCGGCAGAACUCAUCCAGCAGCCUCGGACGCUGAUUGUGGGCAGCCCUGUGGCCCUCAUACUGCUGUUGCUGACUCCAGCUUUGGCGUUCAAGCAAGAUGACAACGUGCGGCUGUUGCUGGACACGGCCUGCCUAACAGCAGCUGUCGUUGUCGGCUGCCUGAUGUCCUUGGCCCUCAGCCACUUGCCCUUUGGUGUCGGUGCAGAGCCAGCUACGCGGCACGUGCCAGCGCGAGCGGCGCGCAAUGCAGCUGCUUUGGCGGACAUGUUUGAGGCUGUGGCCAUUUGGCAGACACCCAGCACUGCUGCCUUGCUGCGCCACAGGGAGUGCCGCUUGAGGCUGCUGACGGCUUCCCACGGCUUCCGCAGUGCCUGCAGCUCCAGCGCUUUCGAGCUGCGACCUGGACUGGGGGCUUGGGAGAAUUGGGAAAGCUUCGCCGAUGCUGCGGAGAAUUGUCGCCUGGCGCUGCAGCUGAAGUCUGGCAUGCUGUCGUUGGGCUUCAGCCCUGUCGCCAUCAAACUCUGGUACCAAGGACACGUGGGGGAGGCCAUGCGGCGCAGCUGCUUCAGUGCCGCGGCCGCGCUCCGCAGCAGCGCCUCACGUCUGGCGUCGCUGGCGGGGGCGCCGCCCCCUGCGGAGGUUCCAUCGGCUCCCUGGCUGACCUCCGACCACACCACUGCCAAUGACUGCCAGGAGGCUGCGACGCUCUGCCGACAUGCCAUGGAUUCCUACUUGGACUUCUGGCAGCGAACCUACCUGAACCACACAGACACCCGCUGGCGCCAGCACUUGGAGGAGGUGAUGCUGAAGGAAAUGACUUCCUUCGAAACUUUGGACGAGACUCCCAUGCAGAUGUACUUGAGUGGCAGGCAUCAUCUGAAGGAAGACAAUGCAGAAAGCUGGCAGCUGGAUGCUGCGCGACUGGCUGGAUUUGACGAGGCCUCCCGCCUGUCAGCCUGCCUUGUGGGCGUGUGCAAUGCUGCAGAAGCGGCUGCCCAGAUGGCGGAACUUGUGGCUGAGGGCAAGGAGAAGGAGCCACGUGGGCAGAUGCGCUUCAGCUGCCACGUGGGUCUCCGCGCCUGGCUGCAGGUGCCGCUGAGCUGCCGCCCCUGGCCCGCGGCUUUCGCCAAGGCUAAGUCCUUUGGCUUCCGCGUGUCCGUCGCUCUCAUCACGAUCUCGCUGAUCUUUGCCUUGGUCGAGCCGAAUGCGGUUUGGCCAAGCGAGCAGGGCCCUUUGUGGACACUCCUCACAACAGCACUGAUCAUAACGCCAGUGCAGGGCGCCUCGCUGCUGCGCGGCCUGCGGCGCAUGGCGGGCACCUGUAUCGGCAGCGGCUUGGCAUUGGCCUCCGUGGCGCUGGGCGCCGGCAAGCCAGACAUGAGACAGCUCUUUGCGCACGAAUUUAUGCUGGUCUUCGCUCUCAAGUUUCUAGAGCCAGAACUGCAGUAUGCUGGAGCUGUCGCUUUCGUAACAUAUGCAGUGGUGAUCAGCGGUUUGUUCGACUUGAACAACUUCGAUAGCCUUGACUGGGAAGCCAACUGGAUUCAGCUCACUGGCGAGCUGGCGCUUCGCAGGUGCUGCGACGUCGGCAUGGGAGUGCUGGUCGCUGCGGUGGUGAGCAUCUUUGUGGCGCCAGAUCGUGCGACGGACGAGCUUCGGAAGCGCGAGGAGGAGGCUUUGCGGUGCGCCGCCUCUGUGAUCCAGGCUUCAGCGCGGCACCUCGCAUGGCGAGCUCAGGGCAUUGAGCGGCAGGAGUCCUGGACUGAGAUGCGCAAGGAGACUUGGAGUAGCUUCGAGGCUUUGAACUUUGCAGGCGACGGCUUGCCUGGCGUGGCCGACCUGCUCGAAGACGUACGCUGGGAGAGCCGCUGGGGCGUCGAUGGCGGCAUGCUGAUUCUAGGCGGCUUUCUGUGGCUCCCCUGCCGGUCCAAGUCCGCACCCUUGCGCGGCCGUCAGUGCCUGGAGGCGGUGAAGGAGCUGUCAAGGCUCUUGCGCACGUCGCACUUGCUCAUCUCCGUUCUGGAGCCUGGACUUGGCGAGGACGCAGAUCGGCCGUUGGCCCAUGACAGCCGUGUUCUGGAGGCCUUGGGCCCCGAAGCUGCAGACUUCAACCAGCUGCUGGACCAGGUGCUUUCGUCUGCCUCGACGUCAAAGUGUGCCAGCCUUGCCGAGUUAGAGGAGCGGCUACAUCUGCUGAUGCAGGGCUGCGCCGCGUCGCGGCAGAAGGCGGGUGGCCUCAUUGGCCCCAAGGCGCUGGGCGGCCCCCGCGCGGCUGCGGCGCUGAAGCUGCUGCAGCAGUGUGUUCAGAUCUUGGCGCAAGUGUGCAAGAAGAUGGAUGCCUGGUUCAGAAAGCAAACGACUUGGAGUGCAAGGACGCUUUCGCAGUCUGAGCGCAUCGCCACGUCGCGAGAGGCACUGAACCGCUUGGCGUGCGAGAACCCCACCAUGCUGGACGAGCUCGCACGCUGGGGCGGGCGUGAGCUGAUGGAAGAUGUGGAACUGGAGUGGGCACAGAAAGACAAGAUGAUUUACUUGCAUGUGCUAAAUCUACGACGGCGGCUAAAAAAAACGAAGGUGAAGUCAGAGAGAGCAAAGAAGCCCGUUCCGCUGCCUCCAGAGGAUGUCAUGCGGAUCCGCGGGUGCUUUGAGGCUGUAGAUGGGGACGGCACUGGCCAGAUUUACGAGGCAGAGCUGGGCCUUGCCUUCCAGAUGAUUGGGAUGAAGCUAGAUGCCAAAGAGCUGCACGAGAAGUUUAUGAAGGCAGACCUCACAGGAACCGGAAGCCUGGAAUGGCCUGAGUUUCUCUUUCUGAUGUCCCAGUACGGCAGCGGCAAGGGUCUUGAGAACAGCUUCACGGAGGAGCGACUUAGUGAGCUCCGGGAUGUGUUCAAUCUGUUCGAUGAAGAUGGCAGCGGUUCACUGGAUGCAGAGGAGUUGAACUUUGUGCUGCGCUCCGUGGGUUUGGCGCCUUCCGCCAAGGAGCUCGAGAGGAUGAUCGACGAGGUCGAUGCCGAUGGGUCCGGCAUGAUCGAGUGGCCGGAGUUCCUUUUCCUGAUGUCCAAGAAUGUUGUGAAGCCAGAUGAGCAGCUCAGAUUUGCCUUCGAGUUCUUCGACAAGGGAAAGGAGGGGAAGAUCCAGAAGCACGACUUCGUCUCGACGAUGAUGACGCUUUCGAAGGACUUUACCGCCGAGGAGCUUGAGAUGAUGUUUGAGGAGGCCAAGUUUGAAGACGGCGACACCGAGCAACUCACAUACAAGGAAUUUGUCAAGAUCAUGAUGCGAUGA